AUGGAAUCUAAGACGAAAGAAGCCAAGCAGGAAGCGGCCGACCAGCAAGCUAAGAGGGCUAAGGAGAAUAAAGUAGCUUCAAAACCCAAGAAAUCCAGGGAGUUUACAUCUGAAACUUAUUCUCCUUCAAUAUAUGACCCACCAAUUCCUUUUCCGAUAUUAUCAAACAAGCGAAAGCUGGAGGAUCAUGAGAUGGUAAUGCUAACCAAGGAUAGCAGUGCAAUUUUACAAAAGAAGUUGCCGCCUAAGUUGAAAAAUCCAAGGAGUUUCACGAUCCCUUACACGAUUGGAAAUUCCUAUAUUGAUAAAGCUUUACGCAACUUAGGGGCGAGUAUUAAUCUAAUGCCUCUUUCGGUUUUCAAGAAACUGGGUCUUGGAGAAGCAAAGCCAACAACUAUCUCUCUACAAUUGGCGGACAAAUCUAUUGAAUACCCAAGAGGAUUAAUUCAGGAUAUACUUGUGAAAGUUGAUAAGUUCAUCUUCCCGACCAACUUUAUUGUGCUUGAUAUGGGGGAGGACGAGGAGAUCCCUUUGAUACUAGGACGGGGAGAACCUUAA